CGUUGCUAGGAUACAGCAAACUGACCCGAGAUCAGAGAGUUUGUUGGUUUGUUUGGUGGUCGGGAUUCGCUUUCCGGUGAGUUCCUGAUAUUUUCUCGGUGUUUUCGCGCCCCGGCGGCAGCAUGGAAAUCGUCCACAUUUACUCGAAGCUUCGCAGCGAGUUCGGCCGACAGUGUCAGUUCUCGGACCGGCCCGCUGAGCUGCUGCUGGACAUCCCCCCCGACCCGAGCCUUACCCUCAAUUUCAUCCACAAGAGCCCCCGGGACCAGGCCGUGCAGGCGUGCCGGGAGAUGUCAGAGCACCAGGUGAACUCGGAGCGCUUCGAGACUGGCAGCUGUGGGAUAAACCAUGUGGAGGGGGGAUGGCCUAAAGACAUCAACCCAACUGAGAUGGAACAAACCAUCCGCUUCAGGAAGAAGGUGGAAAAGGACGAGAGCUACAUCAAUAGUGUCCUGCAGCUGGGCAGCGUCAUGGAACACUGCAUCAGACAGAACAAUGUCAUGGACAUCUACCAGGAGUAUUUUGAGGACGAGGAGGAGGUGGAGGAAAUUCAGGAGCCACCAUCGGCCAGGACCAUAAGCAUCUUCAGAGAUCCUAAUGAGGUCAAACGCACCGUCACCAGCCUGUCCUGGCAUCCUGAUGGUGGCAGGAAGCUGGCAGUUGCUUAUUCCUGCCUCGAGUUCCAGAAAUCCUCAAAAGAUCUGAGCCUGGACUCCUACAUCUGGGACGUUGAAAACCCGAACAGGCCAGAGAUGAUGCUGAAGCCAGCGUCUCCACUCGUCUGUCUGGACUACAAUCCCAAAGACUCCCACACUCUGGCGGGUGGAAGCUACAAUGGGCAGAUUGCGUUCUGGGACACCCGGCGAGGGAGUCAGCCAGUGGAAUUUUCUUCUGUUGAGCACAGCCACAGAGAUCCAGUCUACAAGAUCAUCUGGCUGCAGUCCAAGACAGGAACCGAUGCCUUCUCUGCCUCCACCGAUGGACAGGUUUUGUGGUGGGAUGUCCGUAAGCUAAGUGAGCCCACAGAGCGUCUAGUCCUGGACCCAAACCGGGAGGGGAACCUGGACCGAGCUUUAGGAGCCAUCUCUCUGGAGUUUGAGGCCACCAUGCCGACUAAGUUCAUGGUGGGGACAGAGCAGGGCCUGGUCGUCUCUUGUAACAGAAAGGCAAAGACUCCAGCUGAGAAAAUCGUCUGUAUGUAUGACGGCCACCACGGACCCAUCUAUGCCCUGCAGAGGAACCCCUUUUUCCCCAAAAACUUCCUUACUGUCGGGGACUGGACGGCUCGUAUCUGGUCUGAGGACAUCAAGGAAUCGUCCAUCAUGUGGACCAAGUAUCAGAUGUCAUACUUGACAGAUGCCUGCUGGAGCCCAGUCAGACCCUCUGUCUUCUUCACUGUGAAGAUGGAUGGCAUGCUGGAUGUCUGGGACAUCCUGUUCAAACAGAGUGACCCCACGCUGAGUCUGAAGGUAUGUGACAAAGCUCUGUACAGCCUCCGUGUUCAGGAUAACGGGCGCCUGGUGGCAUGUGGCUCUCAGCUGGGUGAGGCCACACUGCUGGAGAUCUGCACCAGACUGUCGACACUCCAGAAGAACGAGAAGAGUCUGCUGGCUGCUAUGUUUGAGCGGGAGACAAAGCGGGAGAAGAUCUUGGAGGCCCGGCAGAGGGAGAUCCGCCUGAAGGAGAGGAGUCGCUCAGAGCAAAGCAAAGAGGAAGAGGCAGGCCAUGAGGAGAGAGAGGAGGACCCUGAACAGCUGAUUGCCAGAGCUGAGCGCAACUUCUUCAGCCUGGUGGAGAUGGAGGAAAAAGAUGUCUGUGAGGAGGAAGAUGUGAAAGACAAAGCACAAAGUGGAGCGCCGCAAUGACAAUAAGAACACGUUAUCUUCCUCACUUUCUCUUUUUAGAAUAAGAAGCUGUUUCCUGAUUAAUUCUGUCACAUGUCCAUAUUGAUGUUGGAUUUGGCCUGGAUUUGUAUUUAUUUCCACGAGUCUCAUCCUAACGAGUCUGUUAUAAGAUGUGAAUGAAGUCUCAGGUUUUGGUAAAUUAACUCAGUGAGUGAACGAAGAUGGAGCUCAGAGAUAAUGAUGAUGAGGUGAUUGUUGGAGCUCAUCAGAAGGAGAACAGUUCACAUGUGGUUAUGAAAAGUGAAAGAGUUCGGAGAGUUCUAAUUCCUCCUCUUUGGGUAGUGGAGGAUCAUCUCAGGUUUGUUUACAGGAUUUCAGGGUGGACAGGCUGUCAUCCUCUGCACAGCUUUCUGCAGGUUAGAAUCAUAUUCAGCCUUUUUAUACCUGAGUUCACUUUGUUUCUCAUUAGAAUUUUUGCUUUGAGUUUCCAUGUCAGUUCCAGUUAAUCUACAUGUGCUCAGCAACUUUGAUUUUGUUCUGGUUCUGAUGGUGAGAAUAUAAACCGACUCCUGGAUGUGCAGUUUCAGUGUUAUUAAGUAACAAUGACUAAAUAUCCAAGGAUUGGUAUGAGUUCAGUAUUUAUAUCAGUAUUCUUAUUUUUUAUUCAGUAAUUCCCAGAUAAACCCUUCAUAUG